AUGAAUUGUUUGUUACAACAUUAUUCUACCAAUGGCUCCGAGAUACCAGGAGUCAAAGAAUCUAAGCUAAAUGCUUGCAAGCUUGCUUCAAUCAUGCCUCAAAGUCACACAUUAAUCAUCAUCUUAGAACAGAACACAGGGUCAAUUGCAACUUCCAACAGCACGUCUUCAGAACAACCGGGUAUGCAAUUCCCAACCAAAAGUGCGGCUUUUCCUAUUUAUACCGCGAAAAAGAAGACACCAAGCCACCCACUUCAAUGA